CACCCUGUUUGGGACUAGUGCAACCCAAUUUCGUGGCGCAUAAUUAUUGAUCCGAACUAGAACAGGAAUAGCGCCCAAUUCAUUUGCUUGCAAGGUUUCCCAUCUGUGCAGUUCAGGCACAUUUUGUUCAGAUCCAGCCAAUCAUAGGCCGUGAUAUCCAGGAACGAGCAACAUGAAGCCUUGGAAACUCAGCCGCGACUGACUCAGCAGCGUCUUGCGGGAGGAUAGGAUAGUUAGCCCCUUUGCAACACUUCUCAGGCAGUGCAAUUUCCUCCUACUUCGCUCUUCCUCACCCCCGUCCACUCCUUUACACCAGCAGUAUCACUCGCUUUUUCUUUCUUUUUUGUUCGACAAGGGUGUGAGGAUAUCUAGUUGAUGGGGGUUUUGAAUCUCGUUUUGUUUCUCAUCAUACACUCUUUUGAGAAGCAUUCCAUAUUGUAUAUACCUCAUUACUCUCCUUCUUGGAUCCCCAAGUCCUUUUCUUGGCUUUGGAUUGACGAUUCCUACCUCAUCUACUUCUAUCUUUGUAGGUAGGGCAGUGUCAGUGUUGCUGUUGGUGGAGCGGUGGAGCGAUGAGGGCCUCCUCACUGUUCGAGCCAGUGACGGGGAGCGUUGUCUCUUCCCUCUGUCGUUCCGCGUUUUUCGCCCUCUCGCUCCUACCCUCUACGAUCUAUGCUACCCGAUUCACCCCCGUUGCUUUGCCGGAUCUUGAUAUUGGCCCCUUGGGUCGAGUUGCUUUGGCCGGCAGCUUUGAUGCCAUAUCGCUCUUCCAGUAUGAGGAACAGAGGCCGAAACCUACCCUGCCUAAUGGAUCCCGAUCCACCCUCCUCACCACGUUACCAAACGGUGCUCUAGCCUCACUCGCCUCGGCCGACGCCGAUAUAUUGUCACUCUGCCCAUUGAUGGCAGAUGAUGGCACGAUUACUAGUGUCGUUGUUGGAGGGAGCUUCACGAGUUUGAGUGGGAUCAAAUCUCACGGAAUUGCCCUUUUCGACCCAAAUGCCAAUAAGGUUACACCAAUUCCUGGUCUCCCGGGACAGGUCCUCGCCCUACUAUGUGAUAAGGAAAGUGGAAAUGUAUAUGUUGGGGGAGAUUUUAAGAAAUCAGAAUCCCAUAAUGCUAUUCUGUGGUCGCCAAAAUCUGGGUUUUCCCCGCUUCCUUUCGCUGGCUUCAACGGGGUUGUAACGUCUAUCACCAAAACUUCGGAAGGCCGCGUUGUAUUUGGAGGUUCAUUUGACGGCUUGGGAAACAUGACAACACCAUCUCUGAAUGACCAACAAGUUGUGAACCUCGAAACCGCAUCAAUUACUUCUGGGUCUAGUACAACAAGGACCCCGUUUAGUAAUCCUCGGAAUGCAAUCUGUAAACAGGCCGGGAAGGAAGGUGCUGCUAAUCCAUGGCUACUUGCAGAUAACGCCCCGGGGUUUUGGCGUGCGGAGAUGAGAUUUGGAUUCCGGCCAACAAAACUAAGGAUACGCAAUGCACGUUUAGAAGGGCGAGGUACAAAAACAUUCCGCUUUACAACAGUGCCUGACAAUGGAAUACUGAACAUGACCUACACCGAUCCCGCCACUGGUAAUGUUAUGGCUUGUGAUGCUAGAUGUCCGCUUUCAGACGAUCCCUCGGAGGAUUUUCGCGAUUUCAAAUUCGUUAAUGUAGUUGGCAUGAACGGUUUCCAGCUCGAUAUUUCUGACUGGUAUGGUGCAGGUGGAGGCUUUGAUAGUGUGGAACUUUUUCAGGAUGAUAUUUAUACUCAUGCCAUCGACGAUUUCAACGAGCCCACAUGUGCUGGAAUCACUACCCGAUCCAGAGCGAGCCCGACAGGAAGCUGGGCGGUUACGCCAUCUCUUCAGAGCUCGUCCGACUAUUUAACAGCCAAGGUUGCAUCGACAGAUCAGACCUCGACAUCAGUGACCUUCGAGGCAGACUUGAAGGAAUCAGGAAACUAUUCAGUGACUGUUUUCACUCCUGGAUGUGUUGCUGAUAAUACCUGCGACUCCCGUGGAACCGUGACUGUUACCGCGACCUUCUCAUCCAAUGGCAACCAGCAGAUUGAGAGCUCGAUAGCCCAGACGAACAAUUUUGACAAAUAUGAUGAAAUAUAUCUUGGCUUUGUUGAUGCCAGUAGCAGCAACUUUCAAGCAUCCGUGACGCUGACACCAAAAGCUGGUCAAGAAGAUAUUACUGUUGUUGCCUCUCGCAUUCGAUUCCAACUCAUAUCAUCAACUGGAGGACUCAAUGGCCUGUUUGAAUUUGAUCCGAGCCAUGAAAAAAUUAAUUCCGACUUUUCCAAAUCCGGCCUAAAUAAAGCGGGAACUGAUCUCGAACCCGAUGCAGCAAUAAAAACCCUAGCUAGCGAUAAUGAUACUAUUUUUGUCGGCGGAGACUUCUCCAGCCCCACAUUCAAAAACAUCAUGUCGUUCACAAAUGGAAAGCCCUCAUCUUUACCAGAUGGUGGCCUGAAUUCCCCGGUGAAUGCUAUGCUACUACUCGAUGAUACGCUUUUCGUUGGGGGCAGUUUCUCUGCCACAUCGGGUAGUGGUGAAGCUGGCGAUAGCGAAAGCAGGCUGAUGAAUGUCGCGUCAUAUUCACUGUCGCAGAAGGCUUGGAGCCCUCUUGGGGCUGGUGUAGAUGGUCUUGUGGAGUCUAUAGUACAAUUUUCUGUCAAUCUGACAGAUGACGGGCCAGAAAUUGCUGUUGGAUUCAGUGGAAGCUUUACUCGGAUCCUUACAUUUGAUCACCACCGUUCAAAACGAGCUCCAGGCUUCGCAGUCUGGAUCCCCUCGAGAAGAAAUUGGUUGCCGAAUCUCGACGUCAGCCAACAAGUGUUUAAUGGGGUGCUAACCGCAUCAAUUACGGUCAGGAAUGUCACUACGCUUUUCUCUGGCAACCUUAUAUCAGAAGGACUCGCCUCACACGACGCUGUCGCAUUGACAGACGGCGAUGAUGGUCUUGGCCUCCAGCCUCUUCCUGCUAACAUUCAGCCAAUAGGAGAGAAAUCAUCGCUACAAAAGAGAGUCACCGCUUUGCAAAAUGCUGAUGGUGUUAUUACAGGACUGUUCUACACUCGCUCAGGCCGUAAUCUCACCGUAUUGGGCGGUCACUUCUCGGCUAUUGGAGGAACUGGUGACGCCAUUGAGAACCUUAUUUUCCUUGAUGGAGCAAACAAUGAUGCUGUCAGUGGGGCUGGACCUGGCAUUGAUACGGAAUCGAUUUUCCUGACGAUGGGCCUGAGUGGAGACACGCUAUUUGCAGGCGGCAUUGUUAAAGGUCGCAUUUACGCAUCCGAUAUAGACGGCAUAAUCGCUUAUGAUCUCAAAAAUUCGAAAUACUCACGUCAACCCCCUGCUCUUGAAGGCGACACCGUCAUUGUAAACUCUAUCGCCCCACGUCCAGAAUCUGACGAUAUAUUUGUCGGCGGUCAAUUCCAAUCAGCUGGCGGGCUACCUUGUCCGAGCGUCUGCAAUUUCCAACCAGCUUCUAAUCACUGGACCCGGCUGGGUGAUGAGAUCAGAGGUACUGUAUUUGUUCUAGAAUGGGCUACGAAAGAUAAACUCAUUGCUGCGGGGGCAUUCACAGUUGGAAAUAACGCGACAACUUUGGCUAUCUACGAUGCGGAAUUGCGAACUUGGUCUUCAAUUGACGGUGCAUCGUCUGAGGCUAUUCCGGGCCCCAUUACGGCCUUUGGGCUUUCCAGAGAGGAUGGUUCCCGCUUUUGGGUUGCUGGAAAGUCAGGUGAUGGCUCUCCUUUCCUAGUUUUCUACGAUGGCUCGAAAUUCCACUCAACAGGCGCAAUUUUUGGGAGAGAAACUAAAAUACAAGGAAUCCAGGUCAUGGGUAUAAGAGGAGAACAUGAUGAAACCGAGGUGCUUGAUAGGGACCAAGUACUCCUCGUUUCUGGUCAACUCCAAAUCCCAGGCUUUGGCAACUCGUCUGCCGCACUCUACGAUGGAACUACUUUAACGCCAUUCAUCCUAACCACAACGGCGGACGGUCAACCAGGCACUGUUGCAGAACUAUUCUCAGAAAAUAAAAAUACAUUUAGAGGUAGUCGCCGACCACGUUCCAAAGGAAUAGUUAUUCUAGUGUCGUUCUGUAUCGCUCUUGGUUGUGUAUUCUUGAUUGUUUUAAUCGGAAUCAUCCUGAAUCGCAUCCAGCGUCACCGGCAAGGUUAUGUCACUGCACCACGAGGCACAGAUCGACGACCGGAUCUUCAACGAGUCCCUCCUGAACAUCUAUUAGAUUCCCUCAGACAACGAACAUCAGGGGUACCAGCCAUAUGAGUCACCACUCUCAGCUUUUGUCGGAAUUUAUAACGUUUUUCGAUUUUUUGACAUGUUUUGUAUUUCUAGUUUCAUAUGGUAUGGCGUCUGGGGGGAAGGAACAUACCCUUUCGAGCGGUUUAAUGGCGUUUUUUUCGUUUACUUUCGUAUUCAUUUCUUUCUUACCUUUUAGCCCUUCUUCCUUUUGCUCUGUUUGUGGGGACGUUGAACGAUCUCUAUAUCUCUAGUUCCCAACGCGAUAUUUGGCAACAUACGUCAUUUUCGGACGUUGCAUAUUUCCUUUACCAGAUCAGCGGCAAGGUAUAACCAGUAUUAGGAUAUAGCUAUAUCCUCUCACCCGUGUCGCAUAUUCUCCUUUAUGACGGAACUAAUUUUAUAAUCACCUGGACAACACGAUUUAUUUGCUACUGGCUUCCCUACCACAUGUUCCACAUGCUAUUGAUGAUAUCCACCCUUCUAGGCAAUUCUCAUUUCUUUUUUCCUUUUCCAUUUUCCUCUCCGUCGAUGAUAAUGUUUCAAGACACCGGGGUGACGAGCUCACGGCGUGGAAAUUUUGUCGACAUUUCUACUCUAGUAACUCGACAAAAAAUUAGUAGCUAAUCAUUAUCUAAGAAGGACCAGUGGACAGAUCCGUGAAAUGUUUAAAGGUCCAAAUCAGCCCUGCUUGAGAGGUGAAGGCUCAGGGAUCACAUCAGGAGCAGCCAAUUAUAUAGAAAGUCCCGAGUAGUUCUCAUAGAAUAAUGUAGACGGUAACGCGCCCCAGACUUUUCAUGAUUCCUACUGAAAUUCCACGUAAUUGUGAUAAAUGUCUGGGACUAUUAUAUUUCGA